AUGUGUCACGGGAACGGGAUCAAGUUUGAACACUUUUCCUCUGGUUUCCUUGACGCAGUGAGGAGGAACCGAGAUGCCGGUGAGCAGCGCACAGGUCACGGUGGCAGCGCGCAGGGGCGCACGCACCGCGGCACCAGAGCAAAGCACUCGUUUACGCACGGACUCCGCAGAAGAAGGCGCAAAACCCCCCCCACCGCAAGCUUUGUGACACCGAAGGGUAUGAUGGGUGUAGUGGGCUGGAUUUUACUCCUACUCUCCCAAAUGAUGGUGCCUGUGGCGUCCCAGAAGCCUCCAGGGCUCAACGUGGGUGUGAUCAUGGGCCAGACACGCCCCAUUUCCGAUCAGGAGUUCCAGCCGGCUCGGCAUCCCGAUGACGCACUUGACAUCUCCGUGGUGGCACUGAGGAUCAACGAGACUGACCCCAAGUCUGUGAUUACGCACGUGUGUGAGCUCCUGUCACGCACUCGUCUCCAUGGCAUUGUGUUCGCCGAUGGCACCGAUCAGGAGGCCAUUGCCCAGAUCCUUGACUUCCUGUCCGUUCAGACACAGCUUCCAAUUCUGGGAGUCCACGGAGGCUCCUCGAUGAUAAUGGCUGACAAGGAUGAGAAGUCCACGUUCUUCCAGUUCGGCGCCGCUCUGCAGCAGGAGGCCCUGCUCAUGCUCUCCAUCAUGGAGGAGUACGACUGGCACAUUUUUUCUAUCGUCACAUCAAAGUUCCCCGGGUACCAGGAUUUCAUCAGCACGCUGAAGACAACUGUGGAUCACAGCUUUGUGCGCUGGGACCUGCAGAGUGUGGUGACGCUCGACGCUAUCGAUGGCGACCCAAACUCUAAAUCACACAUCGCCCUCAAGAGGAUUCAGAGUCCUGUCAUACUGCUGUACUGCUCCAAGGAUGAGGCUUUGUAUAUAAUGGAGGAAGCUCGCUCUCUGGGUCUCAUCGGAGCCGGUUACAUCUGGAUCGUGUCCAGUCUCACCACUGGCAACCCAGACUUUACCCCCGAGGUGUUUCCCUUGGGGAUGAUUUCCGUGUCCUACGACGACUGGGAGUAUCCUCUGGAGACGCGGGUCCGGGACGGAGUGGGAAUCAUUACCACUGCGGCUACUUCCAUGCUGCGGGAGAAAGGAGAGCUGCCAGAGGCCCAAAGCAGCUGCUACAGCACCGCAUCCGACCGGAGCCCGGGGAAGCUCCCACCUAGUGCCCUGCGCAGACACAUGAUGCAUGUGUGGAACGAAGGGCGGGACUUAUCCUUCACUCCAGACGGUUACCAGGCCAACCCCAAAUUGGUUGUCAUCGUCCUGAACAGUGAAAGGACGUGGGAGAAGAUGGGACGCUGGGAAAACGGGACUCUGUCUCUGAUGUUCCCCGUGUGGCCGCGGUACAACUGCCACGGGGACGAGGACGCAGACGAGAACCAUCUGUCCAUCGUCACGCUGGAGGAGAAGCCUUUCGUCAUCGUGGACAACGUGGACAUCCUCACCGGCACCUGCAUGAGGAACUCCGUGCCCUGCCGCAAACACGUCAAAGAUAACAGCACGGUGGGCGGCGGCUCCUACAUCAAGCAGUGCUGCAAGGGCUUCUGCAUCGACAUCCUUAAGAAGAUAGCGAGGAACGUGAAGUUCACGUACGACCUCUACCUGGUCAACAACGGGAAGCACGGCAAGAAGAUCAACAACGUGUGGAACGGCAUGGUUGGAGAGGUGAAGUACAAGAAGGCCAUAAUGGCCGUGGGUUCGUUGACCAUCAACGAGGAGAGGUCGGAGGCCAUCGACUUCUCCGUGCCCUUUGUGGAGACGGGCAUCAGUGUCAUGGUGUCUCGUAGCAAUGGAACCGUCUCUCCCUCCGCCUUCCUCGAGCCCUUCAGCGCGUCGGUCUGGGUGAUGAUGUUUGUGAUGCUGCUCAUCGUCACGGCCAUCGCCGUCUUCCUCUUUGAGUUUGUCAGUCCGCUGGGCUUCAACCGCAACUUGGCCCAGGGCAAAGACCCACACGGUCCAUCGUUCACCAUCGGUAAGGCCGUGUGGCUGCUGUGGGGUCUGGUGUUCAACAACUCCGUGCCCGUGCAGAACCCAAAGGGCACCACCAGUAAGGUCAUCGUGUCGGUGUGGGCCUUCUUCGCCGUCAUCUUCCUGGCUUCCUACACCGCCAACCUGGCUGCCUUCAUGAUCCAGGAGGAGUUUGUGGACCAAGUCACUGGACUGUCUGACAAGAAGUUCCAGAGUCCCUACUCCUACUCGCCUCCAUUUCGCUUCGGGACCGUUCCGAACGGCAGCACCGAGCGCAACAUCAGGAAGAACUACCCCGAUAUGCAUCAGUACAUGACCAAAUAUCACCAGACCGGCGUCCAGGAUGCACUAGUCAGCCUCAAGACCGGGAAGCUGGACGCCUUCAUCUACGACGCUGCCGUGCUGAACUACAUGGCCGGCCGAGACGACGGCUGCAAGCUGGUGACCAUCGGCAGCGGGUACAUCUUCGCCACCACUGGUUACGGCAUCGCUCUGCAGAAAGGAAGCUACUGGAAACGCCUGGUCGAUCUGGCCAUACUGGGAAUCAUCGGAGACGGUGAGAUGGAGGAGCUGGAGGCCCAGUGGCUGACGGGGAUCUGCCACAGCGAGAAGAACGAGGUGAUGUCCAGCCAGUUGGACGUGGACAACAUGGCGGGUGUCUUCUACAUGCUGGCCACGGCCAUGGGCCUCGCCAUCCUCACAUUCAUCUCCGAGCACCUUUUCUACUGGAGGCUGCGGUACUGCUUCACCGGCGUCUGCACCGGGAGGCCGGGUCUGCUCUUCACCAUCAGCAGGGGUAUAUGGAGCUGUAUCCAUGGCGUUCACAUCGACAUGAAGAAGAAGGCCCCUGAGCUGGGCUUCAGUCCUCAAGCCAACAUGCUGCACCUGCUCAAGUCGGCCAAGUCCAUGGCUCUGUCGUCUUCUCCCAAACGCACUGUCCUCCUGCAGCCCAGCAUCCUGGACAUGAUGAAAGGUAAAGGUAACUCACUCCACAGUCAGCCUCCGAAGGGUCCUGGUCUCUAUAGCAACGCCGCCGGUCCACAGGGUUUCCUGUCAUUGUCCGGGCGACACAAAAACCUCCUGAACAAUGCUGCGCCGUUUCCUGUGCCACAAAAAUCCCCCGGUCUCCAGACCAGCCCCAACAAGCCUCAGCUGUCGAUCGACAACGACAACGGUAAGCCCCGCCCCCCCGGGCCGGCGGUCGCCGCCUCGAAGCCUCGAGCUCUGUGGAAGAAAAGCGUCGAGACCCUGAAGACGGGACCCCCUGUCGUGCCUCCUGGCGCCGGCGCGAGCCCCACCCCAGCCGCCGGAGCUGGACCUCCACCGAUGAAGAGCCAGCGUUACCUUCCCGAGGAGCCGCCGCACUCGGACAUCUCCGAGUGCUCCAGCCGGCCGCAGUCGCACAAAGAUUCUGACUCCAUGGUGGCGAGGGGCGGGUUUAAGCCUGUCAAUCAGCUGAGGAAGAGGGGAGGAGGUGGAGGAGGUGGAGGAGGCGGGAGCGUAGGAUCCAAGAUCUACUCCAUUGACUCUGACCAGGGCAGCCUCCAGUCAGCUCCCCCAUACCAGCGAGACAGCCAGGGGGGGAGCGACGAUCGCAGUUACCCCCCCGACCUGUUCCCACCCGACAACGCGUACCCUGUCACUCACACACACUCCCACCAGGGGGAGUCGCCCAUCCUGCAGCUGAGCGCCACGCUGCUGCAUCACAGUCACAGCGCCGAGGCCGACCUGCACUCGCUGAAGGACAAGAAGUACAGCACCUACACACACAGCAGUUCCAAGGACAAGUCCGGCGGUUCCUUCGAGGCUCCGGGUGCCGGCACGGGGACACAGGGCGUCCGGCCGGGUCACUGCCGCUCCUGCCUCACCAAGCUGGGCGGUUACUCCGGCCUCUACACCGUCCGCUCGCCUCAGGCUCGCUGUGACGCCUGCGCCCACCUGGGAAACCUGUACGACAUCAGCGAGGACCACUUCCACUCGCACUACGCCCACACACAAACUCACCCACACGGCGGGGACAUGUUCACACACUACCUGCCCCAGAGCGAGCUGGGCCUGGUGGGUGAGGGGGACGGGCUCGUCAGCCACUUCGAGCCCUCUCCGCCCUCUCCGUCUCCGCUCCCCUCCUCCGCGUCGGCCCAGCACCUCCAGCUGAGUCGUCAGCACUCCUAUGAGAACAUGAUUCCAGACGGCGUCCCGGAGCACCAGGCGCACGCCCACCUGCGCGGGCUGAGCCUGCCCGACAGAGACAGGGAGCGGGAGAUGAUGCUGGACGAGGGGGCCUACGCUAAUGUCCUCACAAUGCGCUCCGAUCGACCGUUCAGCAGCCGCAGCCCCCCCUCUCCGUCGCCCUCCCACCACCACAGCCUGGACACCCCCAUGCCCCUCCCCCGGCGCUCGAAGAGUCUCUUCCCCGACCGGCCGUCUCACAACCCCUUCCUCCAGUCGGCGCCCGGCACCACGCAGCGAGAGCCCGCCCCCCAGGCUGUCACACGCAUGCCACAGAGAAAUUCUGCCCACGAGCUCUACAAGCAACGGAUGCCGCUGUCGCUCACCCUCGGUAACCACGGCAGCCAUCACGCCAACCACCACGGCGGCCACGUUGACCAACAAUUGUUCUACCCCCAGCAGGAGCCCCCUGUGGUGGCGUACAUGGUCCCGCCCGCUGCCUCUCAGCCAAUGAGCUACGUGACGGCGCCGCGAGCCUCCAGCGCCGGGGGCAACAGGCCACGCCUCUAUCGCCGCAUGCCCAGCAUCGAGUCGGACGUCUGA